AUGCGGCUCGACGGCGGCGAUAGCGGUCAUGGCCCUGGCCGGCAGCCACCGAACCCGCAACGGCUGCCCGUCAAUCCCCGUCGUCACAAGGUGGCUCCCGAGCGCCGAAAACGCGUUGCGACAGCAUGCAACGCCUGCAACAUCCGCCGCGUGAAAUGCUCUGGCGACCACCCGUGUCGUCAGUGCUCGUCCUCUUCGCGCGACUGCGUCUAUCCCGUGGCCGUCGAAAAGGUGUCGGUUGCGCGCAGCGAGCUAGAAGAUCUCCGGCGCAAGGUUGACCUCCUAGAGAGGGCGCUGCGGGAUACUGUACCCGAUGCCACGAGGCGCCACGAUCUCAUCGCCCUGCUCUCACAGGACGCUUCGAGUGCGGCUGCGAGUGCUAGAGACGUGGCAGCUACGAAGACGUCGACGGUUGGGACGCCAGCUGUGACGCCAUCUGCAGAGCAGUCGUAUCCUGAUACGCCAUCAGCGGCUGAGUCCAGUGUUCUUCCACCUUUGCAUCCUCAACAUCCUCAGCCUCAGUCUCACCCACAGUCUCACCCACAGUCUCACCCACAGCCUCAAUCCCAAUCCCAACCUCAGUUUCAGUCUCAUCCCAUUCGGCCCAAGGGUCCCGACGAGCAUCAAAUUCUCCCUCACAGUCACCACCACCACCCCCAUCAUCAUCAUGAGGAAGAGCAAGCAUCAACCGAAGGCCGCCUUCUCCACGACCCCGAUGGCCACGCCCGCUUCCUCGGUGAGACAAGUGGCGCCACGUUCCUCGACUACCUCAAGGAGUUCAUGAGCACCGUCUUCCACCUCGCCUAUCAUGACCUCCACCCAGAUUCUGAUGGGAACGCCUUCUUAUCUAGCCUCGGCAGCUAUCAAACAUACGACUCCCGUCGCUUGCACGAACGGGAUGUCGAUCCGCUAUGGCUCCCCCCACGCCAUGAGAUGCAAGUCAUGCUCUCCGAGCUGCGAUGCUUCAUCCAGGACGGCAACGGGAAUUGGCCGAGCGGAGGCAUAGCCUGGUGGGGAGAUCUCUCAUCCGUCCCGGGCUUGCCUCCCAUGGAAUCCGAACCACACGCUGUUGCCCGCGACAACUGUCGGCAUCUUGCAUUUUACCACACAGCCUUCGCUGUUGUAUCCCAGGCCUUGACCACACCAGCCCGAGGUCCGAAGGUGCAGACGGACUUGAGCGAGUACUUCUUCAGCCGGGCAUGUUUGCUCCUGGGCAAUCCCCUCGACAUUACCCGGUUCACCAUCAACGACGUUACAGCGUUGUCACUAAUGGGCUUCUAUUUGAUCGAGAUGAAUAGACGAGACGCCGCCUACAUGUACAUCAGCAACGCUAUGCACAUUAGUAUCAUGCAUGGUGCGCACCGUGGGUGGGUUGACGAGAGCGGCAAGAGGGUUUUCUGGACACUCUAUGUACUCGAUCGUUGGUUGAGCUGCUUGAUGGGCAGGCCACCAGCCAUCAUGGAUGAUGCCAUUCGUCUCCCCCUACCCUGUGAUGCUCCCUCGAUGCCCCCAGCCGCCGGUCUGAGGGCCCAUGUCGAGCUCUCGCGCAUCUCGGGUCACAUUGUGUGCAACACGUACCGCGUGUCCCCGUGGGAGAAAAAGAACGGGCCGGCAAGACACUUUGACGAUGCCAUAAGAAUGCUUGACCAGUGGCAAGAAGGUCUUCCCCCGAUCCUUCAGCUAUCCAGCAAUGGCAUGAGUGAUGAUCCCGCGUGCUGUUUAUUACACAUGGCAUAUAACCAGCUCAUAAUCCUCACCAUCCGCCCAGUCUUCUUUGCUGCCGUCAAGAAAACAUUUGCAGAGCGGCUAGUAACCAAACAAUCUUCAAUAAACUCCCACCCGCAACUCUCUUAUCUCAGGCGAUGUAUUGUCGCAGCGGAGCACAAUAUCCGUCUCGCGCGCCACACUCUAGCCCUUAAUCACCCCAGGAAGUUGCUUCAGUCAGGCCUGCACUUCAUUUUUAACGCGGCGAUCUGCUUGAUGCUUCAAGAGCUGAUAUACAUCGAGGACGUGGCCCCCAAAGAUCCCCAUGCGCGAGAUCACGACCUUGACUUCGUCAUUGCGAGAUUCGAGGAGGAAAGCCAAGUAGGAAGCAACUAUGGUCGAGACUGCGCCGCCGUCCUCCGGGACCUGCGGGCUCUCGUCCAACGCCUACAGGUACCAAUGGAUCAGUGUUUGGCGAGUGCCGGGUCAGGCGAGUCGACGCAUCAACUCGUACACACCCCGGCCAUGACCCGGGCGCCGAUGGAGAUUGGUCAACCGCAUAAAUAUGCGCCGAUUGCGGGCAGCGUCGAGGAAACGGACGCCAAUCCGCUCGCCACAGCCUGGCGAGAAUUAAAGGAGGAGACGACUCUCACAAAUACUUCUUUGCGCCUCUUUCGCCAGGGUAAACCAUACUCAUUUGUCGACGAGUCUGUUGACAGAGAAUGGGUUAUCAACCCGUUUAGUUUCGUCCUGAAGUCGACAAAAGAAGGCGGUCACGGAUAUGAUUGGUUUGACCCCGACGUUGUCAACGGGUCAGACGAGUUCCAAGGUGUCCCCCGCAUCUUGGAGAGCUUAAGGCGGGUCUGGUUCAAUAUUGAUCUGGGAGAGGAGGCCGGCAGGACACUCGGGGACGGGUUGAUUGCCCUGCAGAGCAACUACGAGAGCAGUGGGCACCAAAUUUCCUCAAAAGCGCUCGAAAUUCUCGUCGACGUGAUCAAGAAACUUGAAACGGACUCACGAGAGGUGUGGUGGAAGAAUGCGAGGUUCGCCGCAUGGCACUUGUGGAAGAAUGGAGGGGAGAGUACGGGGGCGCCUAUCUUAAGCACCAUGGUCUCCAGUUUGACCAUUAUUGAGGAGAAUCUGCCACAUGACGGUUCAUCUCUCGGAGGCUCGAUCAAUUGCAUUGUCCAGGCUCUCGAACAAUACAAUCAGCAUCGGAAAAAUGUCAUCUCUCAAGUCGGCGCGUCUCUUGAUGAAUUCUUGACAACACAUUUUUCGAGGGCUGAAAUUGUCAGAAUCCUCACACUCUCAUCCAUUUCCGCAACAACCUCCGGUAUCACGCAAGUCUUAAAACAUAGCAAGACAUCCCUUGAUAUCCGGGUCCUCGAAUCCCGUCCACUCUUUGAGGACGUCAACAUAGCCGAUACGAUACCCUCGUCCGCAAACAAUGACUCCACCAAAGCGAAUAUCACGGUGUAUCAGAAUGCCAGUCUUAACACGGCUGCCAAAGAUAUCGAUCUAAUUCUCGUCGGGGCGGACCUGAUUGAUAAGACCAGGAAUGUGACCAACAAGACUGGUUUGUUACCCGCAAUCCUGGCAGCCAAACACGUGUCGCCAGGUGUCAAAGUCAUCGCGCUUUUCGACAAAGAAAGAAUACAAUCAUUUGAAUCCCCUAUCAAGGAGGAGAACCAUCCGCAAGACGUCGCUCAAACACGGGGGGGCUCGGAUCAAUCGCAGACAGAUUCCAGUCCACGAGUCGAGGUGAAAAGCGCCUGCGCUGACUGGGUUUCGUCCAGCUUGGUCGACUACUACUUGACUGAGGGCGGCGUUACGGACAGGGAAGGGAUUGCUGAUUGCGCUGAGAAUAUCCGCAAAGACGCCGAUAGGUUCUUCACUGAUCUCUAG